AUGCAGUUUAUCUACUCUGAGAAAAAUCAGGCUUUGCCAAUUCUUGAAGCGAUUAAAAGUUCGGAUGGAUUUUCAUCCAAUAUUUCUCUUUGUGUAAACAUGAAAGAGAGUAAAAUCUCAGGAUUAAAGAGUCAUGAUUGUCAUGUUCUUCUAUUACAUAUACUUCCUCUUGCAAUACGUGGUUUACUUCCAAAAGUAGUAUAUGAACCACUUGUUGAGCUAUCAUUGUUCUUCACUCAUUUAGGAGCAAAGUCAUUAAAGGUAGAUGUAUUGGAGCAAUUAGAAAAGCAAAUUCCUAUAACUCUUUGUAAGCUAGAAAUGAUCUUUCCACCUUCAUUCUUUGACAUUAUGGUGCAUUUGCCUAUGCAUUUGGCUAAUGAAGCUAAAAUUGGUGGACCAGUACAAUAUCGUUGGAUGUACCCAAUAGAACGAGCAUUAUAUUCAUUUAAGUCAUGUAUUCGUAAUAGAGCUUGUGUAGAGGGUUCAAUUGCAGAGGCAUACAUUGCAAAUGAGUGCAUGACUCUUUGCUCAAGGUACUUGCAUGGCAUUGAGACAAAGUUCAAUAGAAUGGAGCGCAACUAUGAUGGUGGCAGUAAUAAAAAUAAAGGAGGCUUAUCAAUUUUCUCCAAAGUAGGACGAGGAUUAGGUGCUAGUAAAACUCGUGAUCUUGAUACACAGCAGUGGGAGCAAGCUCAUAUUUAUGUAUUAAAGAAUUGUGAUGAAGUCCAGCCAUACAUCGAAGAGUAUUCACAAUUGCCAGCAACCAAUUUAGUAGGUAUGUCAGAAGGUCAAUGGAAUAAAAAUUUUGUUAGAUGGUUUAAGACGAAAGUUGCAUGGUUGCAUAAAAAUGACUCAAGUCCAAUGAUGGGAGCCCUACUCUCAUUAUCACAUGGUCCUGCUCGAUAUGUGACAUCUUUUUAUGGUUACAUUGUCAAUGGAUAUAGGUUUCAUACUGAAUAUCAUGACCAAGGUUUGAGGACACAAAAUAGUGGAGUUGUUGUAAUUGGAGAUAUUGGUGAUGAAGUUAACAACAUAGAUUACUAUGGUGUCUUAACUGAGAUUAUUCAAUUGCAAUAUCUUGGAGGAAGACGUGUGGUGUUAUUUCGUUGUAAUUGGUGGGAUGUUUAUGAUCGAGUGAGGGGGGUUAAGAUUGAUGAAUAUGGGGGGGUUAGUGUUAACUGUAAACGAACUUUGAAAACAAAUGAACCUUUCAUUUUAGCUAACCAAGCAUCACAAGUCUUUUAUGUUCCAGACAAUAUUCACAAAGGCUGGCAUUGUGUGAUAAAGGCACAUCCUCGAGAUUCCUAUGACAUCCCAUUAGAAGAAGACAUUGACCCCGUUGAUUUGAAUCAAUUCAGUGAAGCAUAUCAAGCUGAUGAAUCUAUCAAUCUUGAAUCUGGAGAAACAACUACAGUUGAUGCAAAUGACCAAAUUAGUUGGAAGAGGAUGGAUAUAGAGCCACAAAUAAUUGAUAUAUCUUCAACACAGAAUAAAAGAAAACAUGGAUCUUGA